AUGAAGUUCCUGAACUGCCGUAAUUGGCUUGCUACGGCUGCCUACAUAUCUGCUGUACUGUCUUUGAUAAUUAGUGAGGAUACCGUUGCUGAUUCAUCAGAGAAAUUGGACAUCGACGGUCUUAAUAUCAUUCUGAAUGUUUUCUACUCCAUUAUCAACGCCCCACUUACUACGGUUCGUGGAGGCUUGGAAAACAAAGGUAGCUUCUAUGUUUCAUCAACGAAAGGUUCGAUAGCCUCGGUAUCGGUUGAGUCUGGGUCAGUCCAUAAUUCUGGUAUGGUAGCUUUUGACUCUUUAGAUGCCAACGGAGUGAGCAAGUACUCUAUGGGAUCUAUCGAGAGCUUUACUAACGAUGGCCAGAUGUGGCUUGGUAUCAGCUCCCACUCUGGAGAUUCCCCUAUUGAAAUUGGAGGUGCCCAUGCUUGGGUCAACAGCGGAAAGUUAUUUCUUAAGCAGGCUUCAGGGGCCUCUUCUGAAGUAAAGAUUUCUCUGGAGGCCGGAACGAUCAAGAAUGUUGGUAGUAUCUGUCUUCAGCGUUUGGUAUGGCUGCAAGUCACAGGCAUCCAAGGUUCUGGAUGUAUCAACAUCAUGGAUAAUGCAGACCUUCAACUUCACCCCAAGCGGAACGAAGUAGGUGCCGAGCAGACUAUCUUUCUCUCUUCCCCAUCUUCGAAAUUGUCUAUUGUUGGUUUAGCACUUGGUGACAAGACGGCCCCAACUUUCAAGGUGGCUGGAUUUGGAGGCAGCAACGAGAUCUAUUUCGAUACAGAGUUUUCAGGGUUCGAGUACCUGGAAGGGACUGGAAUUUUAAAGGUUGAGUUUUUGGCUGAGAAACAAACCGUGCAAUUCUUUAUUGGAAAAGGCUACUCGAAGAAGGGUUUCCAUACCAAUGGUGACUCUGGCACUGGAAGCAUCAUUACUUACGUCGACACCUGUCCAGGUUCUUCACCAGCCUUUUGUACGUGCCAGGAUUUCCCUAACGUACCUCAUUCCCCACCAACUACGUCGAAAGAAACGGUAUCAGACUCUCCUUCCACUUCUAGCGAGGCCCAUGUCACCAGCGAAGGGCCUGCUUCUUCAACAGAAUCAGAGUUAUGUUCUGAGUCUGAGAUACCAGAGCACUCUUCGAAACCAGAGCAUUCUUCAAAACCGGAGCACUCGUCGAAACCAGAGCACUCUUCCAAGCCAGAGUACUCAUCGAAACCAGAAUACUCCUCUAAGCCAGAGCAUUCGUCAAAGCCUGAAUACUCUUCGAAACCAGAACAUUCUUCUAAGCCAGAGUAUUCUUCGAAACCCGAAUAUUCUUCCAGGCCAGAGCAUUCUUCAAAACCUGAACACUCUUCAAAACCAGAGCACUCCUCCAAACCUGAACACUCUUCCAAGCCAGAACAUUCUUCCAAGCCAGAGCACUCCUCUAAGCCAGAGCACUCCUCCAAGCCCGAGCACUCUUCUGAAAGUGAAUGUACGUCUACCUACGAUUCUUCGUCGGUAACUGACCAUUCUUCCCAUGGAGAGCAUUCCUCGAUUCUGGGCCAUCCAUCCGUCUCAGAAGGUCCAUCUGAUUCAUACUCAUCUUCAAAGUCUUCGUCUGUGUGGCAGUCUUCAAAGCCAGAAAGCUCUUCUGAGCCAGCACCAUCUUGGUAUCCAAGCAGCUCAGUUAACGAGACUUCAAAGCCUGAUACUUCACUUCCAGAAACCUCUUGCGAAGAGACUUCAUCAAUCCAUUCAGUUCCAUCCGGUGGUGUGCCUUCUAGCAGUUUCGACCUGACACUGUGUAUCACUUCUACAGCUUGUACCACAGUUACUCUGUGUGACAGUUCCAACGAUUGCACCACAGUUACUCUGUGUGAUACUUUCACCGACACAGUCACUCUGUGUGAUACUUUCACCGACACAGUCACUCUGUGUGAAACCUCUACUGAGUGCAAAACGGUUACUCUGUGUGACUCUCUGAACCACUGCAGUACAAUUACUCUGUGUCCUGAGGAAUCAUCAAUCACUUCGUCGCCAGCUGAAUGUACUGAAUGUCAUACUUCCACGACGACUGUUUGUGAGACCGACAGCGACGGCUGCACUGUCACAAAAACCAUUAUUGUUUGUGAAACAACGGCCGCAGAUGGAAAGCCUACGACAGAAACUGUUAUAGUUUGCGAAACCACAGAUUCGAAUGGCAGUUUGACCACUGAGACUUCGACAGUCUGCGAGACAGAAACUACUACAAGCUGUGACACUGAGACUUUGACAACUUGCGAUACCUGCGUUACUACUCAUGACCUCUCUACGUUUACCACGACAAUCUGUUCCACAGGUCAUGAUGGAAAGGAAUCUACUAAGACUGUGGUUGUUUGUGAGACAACUGCUCCUGACGGACAUUUGACCACAUACACCAGUGAAUGCCCAGAGUCAACCUUGGUAACUCUUACUGAGCAUGGUACCAAGACAACUGCUGUUGCAGACAUCAUUGAAACGACUAUAGGUGGUGAAGUUACCUCCAUUACUUCGAUUCGCUCUCCAUCCAACGAAAGAACAUUUACCGCUGUCCACGAAACAACUAAGGGCAAUGGAAAGGUAGACACUGUACUGGAUGUCAUUGUCGUUGAAACAAACCCUGCUGGUAAGCCGCAAUCAAAGACUGUUGCAGGCCAAGCAGUGACUCCAGGUGCUGGUCAACAAGCUGGUGUUUCUACAGAGAAGGCUGGCGCUGUGACAACUCUUGAGUCCGUUUACACUUCAGGACAAGGUGUUUCCUCUGGCGCUCCAUCGGUUGCACAUUCUGCUUCUCCAUCUGCUGCCAAGUCAGCUGAACCAAGCGUCCUCGAAGGAUCUGGUUCAGUCCGUGACUUCUGCAACAAUUGGGUGCUUCCUUUCGUUUUGUUUGCAGUCCUCUAG